UGAGUCUCGGCGCGGAGCUCUCGCGGAACCGCGUCGCGAGAAGCAGCAAGUCCCGCGCUUGCGUACUGCGGCGGUGGCCUGAGGCGCGGUCGGCGAGUGAAGGGAUCUAAGUGGUGUGAAGGCCAGCGUCGCCUCGACCUGUGGUCACCAUGAGCGGGACCUUAGCGAAGAUCGCGGAGAUCGAAGCCGAGAUGGCUCGGACUCAAAAGAACAAGGCUACAGCACAUCACCUUGGGCUGCUUAAGGCUCGCCUUGCCAAGCUUCGAAGAGAGCUCAUCACUCCGAAAGGUGGCGGUGGUGGUGGGCCAGGAGAAGGUUUUGAUGUGGCUAAGACAGGUGAUGCUCGAAUUGGCUUUGUGGGUUUCCCAUCUGUGGGGAAGUCAACUCUGCUAAGCAACCUAGCAGGAGUGUAUUCUGAAGUGGCAGCGUAUGAAUUCACUACUUUGACCACUGUGCCUGGUGUCAUCAGAUAUAAAGGUGCCAAGAUCCAGCUAUUGGAUCUCCCGGGUAUUAUUGAAGGUGCCAAGGAUGGGAAAGGCAGAGGUCGUCAAGUCAUUGCAGUGGCCCGAACAUGUAAUUUGAUCUUGAUUGUUCUGGAUGUCCUAAAACCCUUGGGACAUAAGAAGAUAAUUGAAAAUGAGUUGGAAGGCUUUGGGAUUCGCUUGAACAGCAAGCCCCCCAACAUUGGCUUUAAGAAGAAAGACAAGGGAGGCAUUAAUCUCACAGCCACUUGUCCCCAGAGUGAACUAGAUGCUGAAACAGUAAAGAGCAUUCUGGCUGAAUACAAAAUUCACAAUGCUGAUGUGACGUUGCGGAGUGACGCCACAGCGGAUGACCUCAUCGAUGUGGUAGAAGGAAACAGAGUUUAUAUCCCCUGUAUCUAUGUAUUGAAUAAGAUUGAUCAGAUCUCCAUUGAGGAAUUGGAUAUUAUCUAUAAGGUGCCUCACUGUGUACCCAUUUCUGCCCAUCACCGCUGGAAUUUUGAUGACCUGUUGGAGAAGAUCUGGGACUAUCUGAAACUAGUGAGAAUUUACACCAAGCCCAAAGGCCAACUACCAGAUUACACCUCCCCAGUGGUGCUGCCAUACUCCAGGACCACAGUGGAAGAUUUCUGCAUGAAGAUACACAAAAAUCUUAUCAAAGAAUUUAAAUAUGCUUUGGUCUGGGGUCUCUCUGUGAAGCAUAAUCCUCAGAAAGUGGGUAAAGACCAUACAUUGGAAGAUGAGGACGUCAUUCAGAUUGUAAAGAAGUGAACCUGCCUUCCCCUUCAGCCAUUGGAUUGGGGUAUAGGAAUGGAAAUGAAGACUCCAAAGUGGAACAUCAUUUGUCUUUGUUGGGGGCGGGGGUAGGGUCCCAUUUAUUUCAGGCUGGCCUUGAACUCUGUAGCUGAGGCUCACCUAGAAUUCUUUAUCCAUCAGCUUCCAUCUCCCAAGUGCUGGGCUUGCCAGUGUGUACCAGCAUAUCAGCAACAUCACCUUUCUUACCUUGGUGUCACAUGUCUUGAACUGUAUAAAAACUCUGGUGGGCCCAUUG